AGCGACCGUCUGCGACGCCGACGCCGAAGCGCGCGCCACCGUCGACAGCAAUGGCCUCCUCCUCCGAGGCCCCCGACGGCUCGGCGAAGACGCCGUUCACGAUCGUGACGGGAUUCUUAGGGGCGGGCAAGACGACGCUCAUCAACUACAUCCUCACGGAGCAGCGCGACAAGCGCAUCUGCGUCAUCGAGAACGAGUUCGGUGAGAUCAACAUCGACGAGAAGCUCGUGAGCGAGAACAUGGCGUCGAAGGAGGACCUCAUCCAGAUGGACAACGGCUGCGCGUGCUGCUCCAUCCGCGGCGACCUCGUGCGCACGCUCGGCGGCCUGGUCGAGAAGCGCACGCAGUUCGACGCCGUCAUGCUCGAGACGACGGGCCUCGCGGACCCCGCGCCGAUCAUCGCGACGCUGAAGAGCAACCAGUGGAUCGACGACAACUUCGUCAUCGACUCGGUGCUGUGUCUGGCGUCGGCGAAGCACGUCCAGAGCCACCUCGACGAGGUGAAGCCCGAGGGCGCCGUGAACGAGGCCGUGCAGCAGAUCGCUUUCUGCGACAAGGUGCUGCUCAACAAGGUCGAUCUGGUCAACGACGAGGAGCUGGCGGCGAUCACGGCGCGCGUCAAGACCAUCAACCACUUCGCCGAGAUCAUCACGUGCGAGCGGUCGAUCGUCGACCUGUCGAAGAUCGUGGGCGUGUCGUCCUUCGACGUCGAGCGGUGCACGGAGCUCGACCCCGUGCUCUUCGGGGUCGAGGGCGCCGAGGGCCAGAAGAAGGUCCACGACCUGUCCAUGGUCUCGUCCUGCGGCAUCGCCGUGGAGGGCUUCCUCGACGUGCCCAAGUUCAACAUGUUCAUGGCCGAGCUGCUCCAGGCGCGCGCCGCGGACCUCUACCGCACGAAGGGCGUGCUGAGCUUCGCGGGGCAGGGCGCGCAGAAGUUCGUCUUCCAGGGCGUCCACGAGCAGAUCGACUUCGGCCCGGCGAAGACGGAGUGGCAGAAGGACGAGCCCCGCUGGUCCAAGAUCGUCUUCAUCGGCCGCAACCUGGACCGCAAGUACCUCCAGGAGAAGGUCGAGUCGUGCCUCGUCCCGGGCGCGACGGAGUGACGACCGGCGCCCCGCUCCCCGCCCAACACUUGUUCCCUUCCCUAAGGUCUCUUAGAG